AAAGUGUUUUCUUCUAUCAUACUUUUUUGUGUGUGAUGUCUAUCAUUGUAGUCUUACAUUCACUUUUAUUUGUCAGAGGAUUAUAGUGACUUUAUAACAUCUCUUUUAUUCCAGUUUUCAAGAAGCACCAUGGGGAAUCAAUCUGGUCGUCAACAAAUAGAAACAGAAAUUAAAGAAGCUCUGGAGAAAAAUGAUCAAGACUUAGCUCGUGCAAAGAUCCAGGAGUAUUUGGACAAGGACCAAAAUGUUCCUCUAAAUAUUGCUGUCACAGGAGAGUGUGGCGUUGGUAAAUCCGCCUUUGUUAAUGCCAUUAGAGGUAUAGACAACAAGGAUGAGAAAGCUGCUCCUACUGGUUGUGUAGAAACAACCAUGGAGGUCACAUCGUAUCCCCAUCCAAACUAUCCCAAAGUGACAAUCUGGGAUCUUCCUGGUAUCGGCAACGUUGGUUAUCCUGCUGCUAAGUACCUGAAGACGGAUGAAUUUAAAAAGUUUGACUUCUUCCUCAUCAUCUCAGCUGAUCGCUUCAAAGAAAAUGAUGUGAAGCUGGCUAAGGAGAUUCAAAAGAUGAAGAAGAAGUUCUACUUUGUUCGCUCAAAGAUUGAUGAUAACAUACGUUAUGAGAAAAGAAGUCAGAGAGAGUUCAAUGAAGAAAAGAUCCUGACACAAAUCAGGGAAAACUGCAUCCAGGGUCUUCAGGGUCAAGGUCUCCAGUCUCCUCAGGUCUUCUUGGUGUCCAGCGUUGACCUGACACUGUAUGAUUUCCCUCUGUUAGUGGAGACCCUGAAGGAAGAACUUCCUGAACUCCAGAAGGAAGCCUUUCUGCUUGCCAUGCCCAAUAUCAGUCUGGACAUGAUCAAAGAAAAGAAAAAGGCUUUCCAAGCCAAAGUCAAAUACUGGGCUACUCUAUCUGCUAUUGGAGCAGCUGUGCCAGUUCCAGGUGUUUCUGUCGCUGUUGAUACAGACUUGCUUGGCGGUGUUAUCAAACAAUAUGGAUUUGGGUUUGGUCUUGACAUCCCAACACUGAAGAGAAUGGCAAAAUACUCAGGGGUUUCUUAUGAGGAAUUGAGGAAAGUCCUCAAGUCACCUCUGGCAACAGUAAAUGAAACUCCUGAACUUUUACAGAAGUUGUUGUCUCAAUUAGGCAGCUUAGUUGCAUUAAUGGCAGCAGAGGAAGGGUUCAGAUUCAUUCCAAUACUUGGAAUCCCAGCAGCAAUGGGCCUCUCUUUUACCUUUACCUACAGAAGUCUUAUUUUCCUCGACAUGCUCGCUGACGAUGCAGAGAGGGUAUUUACUAGGGUCUGCAGUUGAACAUCUCAUGCUGAUAUUGUUAAAGAAAUAGCAUUCAGUACAUAUUUGUGCUGUCAAAACAAUGUGUACAUUUUGAGUUAUUCAUUGAAAUCACAUUAAAAACAUGCCUAUUGAUUGUCUUCAUAGUGAUAAUGUUAUUUUUGUAUAAA